AUGGCUACGAAAAUGUACGUCCUCCUCGAGGCUGACAAGUGCCAGACGGACCCCGUUUCCAGAUUGGUGGCUCAACUGGUGGACCAGCUGAAGCUGCAGAGCAGCCAGAACUGCGAGAGCAGCAGGGCCGUGUCGAUCCCGAACGAGAGCAAGGAGCACUGCCAGCUAAAGAAGCCAAUCGAGAUAGUUUUCCCCGCGAACGGCAAGCGCGUCAAGACGGCCAUAACCGCGGAGACCUGCAUCGACUCCUGCGGCCAGGCCAAGGCCAAGGUAUCGGUGAGCACCAACCAGGACCCCGGCAGUGAUCAGGCCCUGUUGCCGUACUGCGAGCUCGUGACCGAGGGGUACAGCUGCAAACGGAGAAACGGACUGGACCCCACCAACUCGGAGCUGAGGGGCGUCAAGAAGUUCGAGUACGUGCCGCUCAAGUCCAAGAUACCGGACUACAGGGAUGGUUGCAAGGGUAGGUCCGAGGCGGUCGCGGAUCAUCCGUCCAGGAACGACGGCGGGAGGAAGCUGGACUCCAGGUCGAUGCCGGUCAUCGCGGGACUGAGGCAGGACUGCGCGAAGAACCUGCCCCGGGAUAGGCUCGUCAAGUACAAGGCCUGCGUCAACAGGAGGGACGGACUGCAAGACACAUGCGAUCCCAUGGCGAGGGACGCUCUCAAAAAGUGCUGCAGGCCCAAUCAAUGA